AUGGAUGAGCUUUUCGAUGUUUUUGAGGACCAGCCUCAGGCGGUCACGCCCGCCGACAAUGUGCCGAAGCGAUCUAAGAAAGACAAGAGCAAGAAGCGCCAGAUUAACGGAGACGUGAAGGGAAACGGUGAUGUCGCCAAACCGGAAGAGGAAACCCCGGCUAUCGAAAUGCCUGAUGCUGGAGCUGCGAAUGGGGAGGAUAGCGAAGCGCCAGCUGCGGGAAACAGCGACCAACCCGACGCCAAACGACCACGACUGGAACAAGAAGCCGCGCCGGUGGUGGCAGAUGAGUUUGAGACUGCGCAAGAACGUGAAGUCGCUGGAUCUGCAGGUCUGCAAGCUACAAAGGAUUCCGGAUCAGUCGUUCUACAGCAUCAGGUCCGCCAUCAAGUGUCUCUUCCGCCCAACUAUCCAUACGUGCCCAUCUCCCAACACCAGCCUCCCAAAGACCCUGCGCGAGUAUGGCCCUUCACCCUCGAUCCUUUCCAGCAAGUCGCGGUAUCGUCCAUUCAACGCGAGGAGAGCGUCCUCGUUUCAGCCCAUACCAGUGCCGGUAAAACUGUGGUUGCCGAGUAUGCUAUCGCUCAGAGUUUGAAGAACAACCAGAGAGUCAUCUACACCAGUCCUAUCAAGGCUCUGAGUAACCAGAAGUACCGAGAGUUCGCUGCAGAGUUCGGUGAUGUGGGUUUGAUGACCGGUGAUGUUACGAUCAACCCUACGGCUACUUGUCUGGUCAUGACUACCGAGAUUCUGCGGUCGAUGUUGUACCGUGGUUCCGAGAUCAUGCGUGAAGUCGCGUGGGUAGUUUUCGACGAAAUUCAUUAUAUGCGCGACGCUACUCGAGGUGUCGUUUGGGAGGAGACCAUCAUUCUUCUCCCAGAUAAAGUCCGAUACGUCUUCUUGUCCGCCACUAUCCCUAACGCGAUGCAAUUCGCCGAGUGGAUUACCAAAAUGCACAACCAGCCAUGUCACGUUGUAUAUACCGACUUCCGGCCAACACCCCUGCAACACUACUUCUUCCCUGCCGGUGCCGAGGGAAUCCAUCUGAUUGUGGAUGAGAAAGGAAAUUUCCGUGAAGAGAAUUUCCAGAAGGCCAUGAGCAGCAUUGCCGACAAGAAGGGCGAUGACCCGGCCGAUGCGUUAGCCAAGAGGAAAGGCAAGGGCAAAGAUAAGAAAAUCAACAAGGGUGGAAAUGAAAGCGGUAACGAUAUCUACAAAAUUGUGAAGAUGGUGAUGAUCAAAAACCUGAACCCCGUCAUCGUUUUUAGUUUCAGCAAGCGCGAGUGCGAGUCAUGUGCCCUGAAGAUGAGCACGCUGGCUUUCAAUGACGAUUCGGAGAAAGAGAUGGUGUCCAAGGUCUUUAACAGCGCCAUCGAGAUGCUGUCUGAGGAAGACCGGAAUCUGUCCCAGAUUCAGAAUAUCCUACCCCUGCUCCGGCGAGGCAUCGGUGUUCACCACUCCGGUCUCCUUCCGAUCUUGAAGGAAACCAUCGAGAUUCUUUUCCAGGAGGGUCUUAUCAAGGUCCUGUUUGCUACGGAAACGUUCUCCAUCGGUCUUAACAUGCCUGCGAAGACCGUGGUGUUCACUAGUGUUCGCAAAUUCGACGGCUUCAGCCAACGCUGGGUCACCCCCUCUGAGUUUGUUCAGAUGUCUGGUCGUGCUGGUCGAAGAGGUCUUGAUGACCGGGGUAUUGUCAUCAUGAUGGUGGGUGAAGAGAUGGAUCCCGCUGUAGCCAAAGAAAUUGUCCGCGGUGAACAAGAUCGGCUGAACUCUGCCUUCCAUCUUGGUUACAACAUGAUCCUGAACCUCAUGCGUGUGGAAGGCAUCUCUCCCGAGUUCAUGCUGGAGAGAUGUUUCUACCAAUUCCAAAACACUGCAAGCGUUGCGGGACUCGAGAAAGAACUUCAUGAACUCGAGGAGAAGCGCUCCAAUCUGACCAUUUCCGACGAGGGAACUAUUCGCGAAUACUACGACUUGCGGAAGCAACUCCGGCAAGCCAAUGAGGAUAUGCAAGUGGUGAUCAGCCACCCGGAUUACUCCCUUCAGUUCCUCGUGCCCGGUCGGCUGCUUCGCAUCAAGCACAAGGGUAUCGAAUUCGGCUGGGGUGUCGUCGUCAACUACAAGAAACGCAAGCCCGCGAAGAACCAAACAGAAGAGUUUGAGGCGCAUCAAAAAUACAUCCUCGACGUUCUACUUAAGAUUGCCGAUGGUCCCUCUGUUGGUACGAAGACAUUUGAGGAUCUGCCUCCUGGCGUUACACCUCCGAAAGAGGGAGAGAACACUCGCAUGGAGGUGGUUCCUGUUACGUUGAACUGCAUUGAAUGCCUCUCCCACAUCCGGAUUUUCCUUCCCAAGGAUGUGAGCUCUCUGGAUGCACGGAAUGGAGUGAAGAAGGCCUUGGAUGAGGUACAAAAACGAUUCCCGGAUGGAAUUGCUGUUCUUGACCCUAUUGAAAACAUGGGGAUCAAGGACGAUAGCUUCAAGAAGCUUCUCAGGAAAGUCGAAGUCCUCGAAUCUCGCCUUCUCUCGAACCCGCUGCAUAAUUCUCCCCGGCUUCCCGAGCUUUACGACCAGUACUCGGAGAAGGUGGAGCUUGGAUCGCAGAUUAAAGCGACAAAGAAGAAAAUUUCCGAUGCUAUGUCGAUCAUGCAGUUGGACGAGCUUAAGUGCCGCAAGAGAGUCCUUCGUCGAUUUGGAUUUAUCAACGAGGCCGAGGUAGUACAGAUGAAGGCGCGUGUGGCAUGCGAGAUCAGCACAGGCGAUGAGCUGAUGCUCAGUGAGCUGCUUUUCAACGGUUUUUUUAACAAGCUUACCCCGGAGCAAGUCGCUUCGGUGAUCAGCGUCUUCGUGUUUGAGGAGAAGACGAAGGAGACCCCUGCUCUGACGCGGGACGAGUUGGCCAAACCCCUCAAGGAGAUCCAAGCCCAGGCUCGGAUUGUUGCCAAGGUCGCGCAGGAAUCCAAACUCGCGGUGAACGAGGAGGAAUAUGUCCAGAGCUUCCACUGGGAACUGAUGGAGGUGAUUUACGAAUGGGCGAACGGCAAAUCUUUCGCCGAGAUUUGUAAAAUGACGGAUGUCUACGAAGGUAGUUUGAUUCGAGUGUUCCGCCGAUUGGAAGAAUGUCUGCGACAGAUGGCUCAGGCCGCCAAGGUCAUGGGCAGUGAGGAGCUGGAGAGUAAGUUUGAGACGGCCUUGACCAAGGUUCGCCGGGAUAUUGUGGCCGCGCAGUCCCUGUAUCUGUAA